GUGUGUGUGUGGUGUUCUGGGUCUGAAGAAAAUGCUGCCGAACAGGUUUCACCUCUUGAUGUAACGGGGAUGAAGCUGAGUGUGAGAAAGCUCCACCUGCCCGAGGUGCUCAGUAACCAUCAGAAGGAGGUGGUGACGAUGAGAAAGAAGAGCAAGAAGAAAGCGCAGAGUGUGGAGGAGGAGUCAGUGCCGGCCGCAGACGAAGCUCCGCUCCGCAGGUCAAAGACCUUUGACUCCAUUCGAUCGGAAGACGAUGGGGCCAGGCCGGAGAGGAAAAAAUCCAUGUCGUCGUUUGAGAAGAAAAAUGCCAUGUUCCACAAACUCUUCAAAUUGAUUCCUCCCAAUGAGGACCUGACUGACUGUUUUCACUGUGCAUUGCACAGGGAGGUGCCCUAUCACGGCAAGAUGUACAUCUCAGAGAACUUUGUGUGUUUCUACAGUAGCAUCCUGAAGGAGACCAAGGUAGAGAUACCAGUGACAGCGGUGGCUGUGUUGAAGAAGCAGAACACAGCCUUGCUUUUGCCUAACGCUCUGAGUGUCAGGACCACCGAUGGAGAGAAGUUUUUAUUUGCCUCGUUCCGCUCCAGAGAGCUGAGCUUCCACGCUCUGAAGCGAGUCUGCGUCCACCUGGAGGAUGGAAGUGUGAGCAACAGCCCCAUGAUCCCGUCACCGGAAAGCAGCUUCGGCUUUAGCUCCCAGAGGCUCAUGGAGAGCAGCUACUCCAGCUCUGAGAGGAGGAGCCAGGAGGAGUCGGAGUCGGUGAAGGAGUCGGUGAGCUCUGACGAGAGCGAGGUGAAAGAGACCGAUGUAACUCUGGUGGGGGUCAGGCAGUACACGGAGCUGGACAGCGGUCAGUCCGACCGGGGGAACCCCCGGCCCCCACCCACAGGUGUUUCUUGGCUCAACACGAUUACCAAAUGUUUGUGGCUGUUUAACCCAUCGCAGGACUCCAGCACCAUAAAGACGCUGAUCCUCAUUUACAUGUUCCUGGUGCUGCUGUUGCUGCUGUCCUCAGUCUAUAUUGGCUGGCGGCUCGUGGCGCUGGAGGAACAGCUGAUGUCCAUGGGAGCCUGGCCACAGCUCCACACACACAGCGAGUCCAGGGAGACGUGAUGACGUGAUGAUGCCGGGGGCAGCUGUGAGCGAUGUGGACUUAGCGAUGUGCCCGCGGGGGUUGGCGGAGGAGAGCUGCCGGCCGGAUGCUUCUCUGCUGGACCGUGAGCCGAGCUCGCGGUCACCGGGAACACGCUGAGCCCACGGGUGACCAUUCGCCCCUCCUGAGUGAGCAGGAACCUCACUCUCAAACUCAAACCGCCCACCGCUCUCUGGUGUCGGGGAAGCCUUGGUACCGGCAGCGGCAGAGCUCUGGGACCCUCCCCCUCGGCAGGAUCACCACCCUCCACCUCCUUCACUCUCCCCUCCCUCCAGCCCCCCCACCGGCUCAGGGGAAGAAUGAAUCUGGCAGAUGUGAAGAUUUUUGUACAGUGUGAUAGAUACCACCCCCCCCCCACCAACCCCCCCACUCACACUCAGGUCAGUCAGGACAGGACAGUGAGAUGGACAGAAGAUUGAGGUAGAGGUUGAUGUGACAUCCUCACAGUUCCCUGUGUUUACAGUGCUGCUGCUCUCCAGCCUGUGUAUGUCAUGGUCUUAGGGAUUAAGUGAAAAUCUCCUGUUAUCAAGGGCAUUACCCCCCCCACUCCCCGCCACCCUGCAACAUUCAGUCACUACACCGUGUGGUAAAAUCCUGUCAAGUAUUUUCAAGAGAUUUUGUUGAUGCGAUGAGGUGCUAUAUCAAAUGCACUAUUAUUAAUAUUCAUAAACUUUUUAUUAGUACUUGCAUUGUCUCAUUGUGGAAAAUGUAUUUGAGCUCAGACUGGUGUUGGCCUUGAGAACCACAACAGCCCUCCAGGGGUCAGACACACAGCUACAGAGAAUUACAGAAAAUAUUUAUCCAGAUCAAUAAUAAGACAAUCCUUUGAUUUAAUUAGCUUUUGGAGGUGGGGGGGUGGGCAGGGAACAGAUGUGAAUUGGUGUGAAAGGGUUAACUCGCUUUGAUAAUGAAUAGUGCCUUGAAUCUGCUAUUCUAAUAAUAAUAUCCACGUUUCACCCUCAAAAUAUACAGUCACUACACUCGACAGUAUAUCUGUAAGCGCUUUUGAGACGUCUCAACGACAUAAGGCGUUGUAUCAAAUGCAAGGAUUAUUAUUAUUGUUUACAUCCUGUUUCUGUGAAAUGUAUUUGUAAACCAAAAAUGUGUAAAAAUAAACAAUUCUAUUUAGAGACACUGAGA